GUCAAUGAGGAAGUGAGAUGCUCCUUGUCCCAAAAGAUGGUGUCUUCCUCGGCGUAGAGUCAGAUAAAUAGAAAUAAAUGAGAGAUAAAUAUACAAUGACAAAUCGACGACAUGAAAUAUCUGUUGUCUGAAUGUCUGGCUACUGCAGAUAAUUAAUAAAGUGCCCCUGAAGGCGAACGGGAUGGAUAUCAGCAGAGCCGACGGAGGCUCCUACACGGACAAUCUCAUUGGGACUUUACUUGCUAUUUUUGGAAAUGUGCUCGUCAGCAUCUCCUUAAGUAUUCAGAAAUACAGCCAUUUGACGUUAGCAGGAACAAAGGACCCGCGUGCCUUCUACCGCACCAAAACCUGGUGGUGUGGUUUUGUUCUGACCUGUCUUGGGGAGGGAGCAAACUUUGUCUCUUAUGCCUUUGCCCCCCUCGCUCUCGUAGCACCUCUUAAUGCCGUGUCUGUCCUGACAAGCUCAAUUUUGGGUCUUAUUUUUCUGCGUGAGAAGUCUAAGGCAAAGGACUUUGCAAAACGCUAUGGGCUGUCCUUCCUGGGCUGUGUCCUAACCAUAGGUGGAACUUACCUCUUUGUAGCAUUUGGACCAAACCCUCAUGAAAAACUCACAGCGGAGAACAUUGUGAAGCACAUUGUAGCAUGGCCUGUUCUCUUAUAUCUGCUCCUGGAGAUUAUCGCAUUCUGCCUGCUUUUAUACUUCUACAAACAGCGCAGUGCUAACUACCUUGUUAUUAUUCUUCUGCUGGUCGCUCUACUGGGCUCUGUCACAGUCAUCACAGUGAAGGCGGUGUCAGGCAUGUUGGUGCUCACAGCUGAGGGCAACAUGCAGCUUGACUAUCCGAUCUUCAGUGUCAUGUUUGUGUGCAUGGUGGCUUCAGUGGUCUUCCAAGCCAGAUUUCUCUCCCAAGCUUGUAAGCUAUAUGACUCUUCUCUGAUUGCCAGUGUCAACUAUAUCCUCUCCACCUUCUUUGCUGUGGUAGCUGGAGCUGUGUUUUACUUGGAGUUUAAGAAUGAAGACGUCCUUCACAUCUGCAUGUUUUUGUUGGGAUCUGCAUUUUGUUUCUUGGGGGUCUUUCUCAUCACCAAAAACAAGAAAAGGACCAAGACCUUUGAGCCAUAUGUCACUAUGGAUAUGACUAAUGGUAUUCCAACUAUUCAUGACAAGGGCCUGGUGGUUCAGCCUGACUUCAAUGGUUCUUAUUCCUACGGGGCUCUGGUCAACAAUGAUGGAGUGGCUCCUGCGACUCUACCAGUGAAGCUGGAACAACCAUCAGUCGGCUCCAGAUCCAGUGAGACACCCCAUGGUCUUCCUGACCUGAAGAAAGAUUAGAACCAAAGAUUUUUUUGUUGUUUUUUUCCCCUUUACUCCAUUAAGCUAUAAACAAAAUUCAAGGACCUUGAAAGACCAAGAGGGGUAUGUUCAGUUCUUUUUCCCAUUUACACAAGACCAGCGUCCAUCCCAGUAGGAGGUGUCCUCUGGUCUUUUUAGACGAUCACCUUGCACUCCUCUCCACAUCCUUUCCUUUUUGAAAUUUCUAAACCAAAACGUGACCUUGAGAAGCUUUCCUCUUUCUGAGAAGAUGUCAACUGUUUUAAUUCCAAAAAAUGAACAGAAGAAACUUGAAGCUUGCGGAUGUUUUGGUGGCUUCACAAACAUGGCUUUGGAAAUCUGACAGCAGAGAGUGCUUUGCCUUGAAGCUUACUGCCUUGUACUCUGGGUUAGCCUGAAUAUGUACAGGAAGGACUCACUUCCACGACUGUUAAGCCGCUUUGUUUUCAUUCACUCAUUUGCAUACAGGGGAACACUCAGUAAUCUGUUCUUCCAUUGAGGAUUGUGAAGUUACUCCUCAAUUCCAGGUACCAACAAUGUUAUAUUGUAGCUGCAGACUUUUUCACAAUACUUGCCAAUGAACAUUUUGACUUUAAAUAUCUGCCUCUAACUGUCUGUCUUAAAUGAGCGGUUUCAUUUCAUUGUGUUACUGCUUUUCCUAAUGUGACCAAACAAUGGGUGCAACUGAGUUAAGUUAUUGUAAUGUAUUUAUUCAUUUUCUCGUUAGCUUUUAAUGUGCCUUGAAAAGUAGCUUUACACUGUGUAAAUUACUGUAAGGUGGGACAUAACCCAUGAAGGUAAGAAAUCACUGUGGCAGAUCAGUUAUUCAAAGGCAACUGUAAUCUGUCAGUGCCUGUAUGAAUAAAAAAUAAAAAUCAGAAUCCUUUCAAAAGAAAAGCAACAAUUCUUUGGACAACUCAAAAAGACAGAAAGUCUAAAAAAAAUGUCAUGAAAUUACAGUACAAUUAGUUAAAUGUAUAGGUAUAAAAAUGUAGUUUACUUUCAAAGGUGUAAAUUUUCAGUUGUGUUUUUGGAAGUUGAAUAUUCCAGAUGACAAAUUUAGAAAUAAAAAUCAAAGUAUGUAGCUAAUGUCGCUCAAUUACUAUGUAACUGGUACUAAGUAUUUCAAAUAACAGUAACCUCAUCUAUUUUUUUCUCAUAAAUGAUGCUGCAAUGAGUGAAAUAUCCAUGUAUAUGACAUACAUGAUUUAAAUUGUCCAUAACAAAUUAGCUGCAUAGGUGGGAUACUUUUACUGAUUUAUCUUCUCCACAUGCCUCACUGCAUGUCUACAGUGUUAAUAAAACCCAGAGCUACACAAGAGCUGUAUGCCUUAGUACAGUAUUCAGUAUUUUGAUGAUGUGGCCUGUGGUUGUUCACUGAAAUGCAUUGUGUGUGUAUAUCAGCUCAACAUUUAACAUCACUGUGUACACCAACUGAAGUCUGUCUUGUUAUAAACACUGCCUUCUAAUGAAACCAGAACAGCUUUUAAAACUGUUAACACUGAUGCUGUAAAAGUCAAACUUUUCCACUGUAAAUUAUUUCAUGAUCUUGUGUCAUAUAAAGUAAAUGCAAUCCA